AUUAUUUAAUUUGUUUUAACCGUGCAAUAUUGUAGUAGAAAAUCGGUGGUAUUUAUUCAACGCAGUAUACACACAUCGUUUUUUUUAUCUGUUCAGUCAUCAUUUUGUUUUAAUGUUACAAGUCUUGCGUAGAUCUAUUCUCACAUUUACGCCAAUCACUAAGCAUUCCAGUUGCCAGCAAUACCAACGUUUCCUAACAACAGCAACGCGUACUAAAGUCCAAGCGGAAAUGACAGAAAAACCAAGAAUUGUAUUUGUUUUGGGUGGCCCAGGUGCUGGCAAAGGUACUCAGUGUACUAAAAUUGUCGAACGUUUUCAAUUCGUCCAUUUAUCGGCUGGUGAUUUACUGCGCGAGGAACGUGCACGUGAAGGUUCCGAAGUGGGUGCUCUAAUUGAAGACUACAUCCGCAAUGGUAAAAUUGUACCGGUGGAGGUGACGUGUUCAUUGCUGGAAGCAGCCAUGACAAAAUCUGGCAAAACAAAGUUCCUAAUUGAUGGUUUUCCACGUAAUCAAGACAAUUUGGAUGGCUGGGAACGUCAAAUGUCUGACAAAGUUGAUUUUCAAUUUGUUUUAUUCUUCAACUGCUCAGAGGAUGUCUGUGUAAAUCGUUGUUUGUCUCGUGGCCAAAGUGGUUCCGGUCGCUCUGACGAUAAUAUGGAAAGUUUAAAGAAACGUAUUCAAACAUACAACAACGAUUCUCUGCCCAUUAUAAAACACUUUGAAGAAUUGGGUAAGGUGAAACAAAUCGAUGCCAGCCCCUCAGCUGAUGAAGUUUUCGCCAAGGUUGAACAGGUGUUCAAUGAAAGCGGCUUCGAGUAAAACCUUAUCAUACACAGAGGUGGUGGUAGUAUAUUAAAUAUUGUUGCUGUUGUUGUAAUUCCUCUACUUGUUCCUGUUGUUGGAGGAGGUUGAGGUGAAAACUUACACAAUGAUUAUGCCGAUUUGCUUACUUUUAAAUUCUUGUCUUGUCUUUUAAACGUAUUAACAAUUAAUUAACAUUAGUUCAAUUCUCAACAGAAAAAAAUCGAUAAAAGUACGAUAUAUUCUAUGUUUAUGGUUAAAAAAAAUAAAAUAAAAUCUAUUUAUUAAGCUCAA